UUGCAUUUCGGCAAAUCCAACUCUCAUAGCAUCUGAAGCUUACAAAGAAUCACCUAAUCGAAGACCUCUUCGACGGAAAAUGACGAUAAAUAAACAUAAAACAAAGAAAAAAUAUCAAACUCUAAAAUUGUCUACUAGUUCUACCAACCUGGCUUACCGUUUUAGCCUUUGUAUAUCCCAUUACGCGCCCCCACUUUGAGCGAUUUAUUUGGAUAAUAUAUUUGCACUUUUCUCUUGUUUUUUGCAACCCCUGCAUUCUUGUGUAAGUCAAGGUAUCAUCUAAGAUAGUUCUUUCAUCUUCUCCUCCUUCAUUAACUAUGAAUAUAUGAUGAUGUUCAUUCAUGCAUAAACUCAGCGUACCAUCUUAUAGCGUGUUUGUUUGUUUUAGCCCGUUCUCACUUUUAUUGGCAUUUCUAGUUGCAUGCAUGAGCAGCAUUUGAUCAUUUAGAUUUAAGAUUUCUUUCUUUUGCUAGUUUUCUUUUUGGCCAUGCAUGCUAAUGGUUGAUUAUUUUUGGAGCUUCUUGAGACGUUUUUCAGGGUUAAGGUGCAGGUGUACGUGAAGGCUCCAUUGUGGGCAAUUGAUGUAUUCUAGUACUUGAUUUUCUUCUGCCUUAGGGCUGCUUUUGCUCUUUUAAGUAAGUUUAUUAAUCAUGACUGACAUCAUGUCCGCACCUGUUGACCUACCCAUGAAACUUGGUCAUGAAAUUGAAUAUUCCGAGGAUGAAAGGAAGAAAAAGCUUGGAUCGUUCAAGAAGGUGGCAAUCAGCGCCUCAUCUAAGUUCAAGCAUUCCUUUGCCAAAAGGGGGAGGAGGCACAGCAGGGUUAUGUCUGUUUCUAUUGAGGAUGAUCUUGAUGCAGAAGAGUUGCAAGCAGUUGAUGCUUUUCGCCAAGCACUCAUCUUGGAAGAGCUAUUGCCCGCAAAACAUGAUGAUCAUCAUAUGAUGCUAAGAUUCUUGAGAGCAAGGAAGUUUGACAUUGAGAAAACAAAACAAAUGUGGGCAGAUAUGCUUAAGUGGAGGCAAGAAUUUGGUGCUGACACUAUCAUGGAGGAUUUUGAAUUCAAUGAACUAGAGGAAGUUCUAAAAUACUACCCACAAGGGCAUCAUGGGAUUGACAAGGAUGGCCGGCCUGUUUACAUUGAAAAGUUGGGUCAGGUGGACUCUAUUAAGCUGAUGCAAGUAACAACAAUGGAACGCUAUCUCAAGUACCAUGUAAGAGAGUUUGAGAGGACCUUCGCUGUUAAGUUGCCUGCGUGUUCCAUCUCAGCAAAGAAGCACAUUGACCAAAGUACAACUCUUUUGGAUGUGCAAGGAGUGGGUCUUAAAAGUUUGAACAAAGCUGCAAGGGAUCUCCUCCAGAGGCUUCAGAAAAUUGACGGUGACAACUACCCUGAGUCACUGAACCGUAUGUUCAUCAUCAAUGCUGGUUCUGGAUUUAGGCUCUUGUGGAACUCCAUUAAGUCAUUCCUAGAUCCCAAGACCACCUCAAAAAUCCAUGUCCUAGGUAAUAAAUACCAGAGGAAGUUGCUUGAAAUCAUUGAUGCCAGUGAACUUCCAGAGUUCUUGGGUGGUACUUGUACUUGUGCAGAUAAAGGUGGUUGUAUGCUUUCUGACAAGGGUCCAUGGAAUGACCCAGAUAUCUUGAAGAUGGUUCACAAUGGCGAGGGCAAAUGCAAGAGAAAAACCUUAUCUGGGAUUGAGGAGAAAACAAUCAUAGAAGAUGGUACAGCACAUCAAAAUGUAGGAAACAAAGAAUCAUUUCCAGAGACAUACGAUGUUGAUGAACAAUGUUUAUCUCCAAAAAAGCAAUGUGCUGUGUAUAAAUAUGACGCAUUUGUCCCUGUGCUGGGCAAGCCAGUCGAUUCAUCUUGGAAUAAAUUAACACAGAAAGAUAAAGAUGCUCUUUCUAAAGAUUGUUUUCCUAGCAAGACUUGUGAUGGGUAUAGCAAUCACUUUGUUGGAGGAAUCAUGGCCAUUGUUAUGGGAAUUGUAACAGUGAUCCGCUUGACAAGGAACAUGCCAAGGAAAAUCACUGAAGCAAUAGUGUAUGGCAGCAGCUCAGGGUAUUAUGAUGGCACUAUGAUGAAAGCACCCACCAUUUCAUGCAAUGAUUACAUGGCAGUGAUGAAGCGCAUGGCUGAACUUGAAGAGAAAGUCACUGUCCUCAGCAUGAGACCUGUCAUUCCACACGAAAAAGAGGAAGUGCUGAAUAAUGCUCUGUGCAGAGUCACCACUCUCGAACAAGACUUGGUUGCAACCAAAAAGGCACUUGAUGAUGCACUUGCUCGACAAGUAGAACUCCAAGCUCAAAUUGACAAGAAGAAGAACAGCAACAAGAAGUUGGUAUGUCAUACCAUUACCAGCCAUACAUUUCUAUAAAUUUCUUCUAUCUAUAGACUUCUUCUACUCACUUUUUUGGUUUGUGAUUACAGUUCCGCUUCCGCUGUUUCGCUACGUGAUUUCAAAUGUUUUACUGCAUCAGGAAGAGUUGUAAAACUGGAGGUUUUCUACUUCGACUGCCUAUUCAGUGUUUGAUUAAAAACUUCUGUCCAAUAUAAAGUUUGCCAUCCCUUGAAAAUAUCGUGCAUAUGCUGGAUAAAAUUAAGGCAUGGUUUUGUUUUAAAAAAAAUCAUUUUAACAUGAGAAUUACUGGUUUUUGAAGAUGUUUUGUGUAAACAAUUUUUCUGGAAGUAUCGUGUGCAUUCACAUAAUCAUGACAUAUAUUUUUCCCUUUCA